UAUUCCAAUUUCCAGUAGUAGCUUCAUCAUCUUCUUAAGAGUAGCCAAAUUUGCGUUAAAAUUAGGAGAGAGAAAGAGAAAAAAAAUGGCAUGCUCACACGAUCAUAGCUGCGAAGAUCACAAUUGUUCAUCUGAUUGGUCUCUUUACAAACACAUCGACCUCUCUAAGGUGUCUGCUCUGAAUGAAGCGGUUCCAGGAAGUGCGAAGUCAGUUUUCAGAUCAUGGGAGCAGCGUCUAAACUCUUCAGGGGCAUUCUUGGAAAGCAAUGAUGGUGAUCCUGAAUUGAUUGUUUUCAUUCCAUUUACCUCUGAUGUCAAGAUCAAGGGCAUAUCAAUUGUAGGUGGUGCUGAUGGAACAAGUCCUUCAAAGAUGAGAGCGUUCAUCAAUCGUGAGGGCAUUGACUUCUCUGAUGCGCAAAGUAUGCAACCUGUCCAGGAAUGGGACUUGGCUGAGAAUCUGCAAGGAGUAUUGGAAUAUCAAACAAGGUACUCAAAAUUCCAGAGUGUGGGCAAUUUGACUCUGCACUUUCCUGACAACUUUGGUGCAGACACAGGUCAGAUACAUUACAUUGGCUUGAAAGGUGAAGCAACUCAGCUGAAGAGGGAUGUAGCAGUUAAUAUUGUUUAUGAAAUUAUGCCGAAUCCAUCUGACCACAAGACACGUGCUGAGACAGGAGGUGGUGUUUCGGAAGUGUAAUGAAGCCAGUAUGCCUGAGAAUACCUGAUUAGACUUCUGAUAUGUUUGCCUUCUUUACUGCAAUACCUUAACACAGCAGAACUUGAAACUGAGUGAUGGUCGUGACAUCAACAGCUGUUGAUCGUUAAUGCACUAACUUAAUACUGUACAUUCUAUAAGUCAUAGAGGGAUUAGGUUAAUGCCUCUGCUAGUAUAUUUACGUGCUUACGACUACCAAAAACUAACUAUACCUGUUAUCUGAACACCCUGCUACAGGAGAGAGACAAAGAUUGAAAAAACUGUUCUAUUCAGUAUUGAUGCGGUUCUUUCU